AAAAGCAAUAAUUGGAGAUUUUGCAAAGCAGUGGUGCAGAGAACUAUUCAUGCCAACGUGGAAUGAAUAUGAGCUUAAAGACUGUUGGAACUAUCUAUAUAAAGAAAAAUUGACUCUAAAAUUCUUAAGAGAUAAAUUCGAGAUAUGCGGUGGGAUUGCAAGGUGGAUCUUUACAAUGUCAUUGGAAGUUGAAAUGGAUAUUGAAAAAGCAAUUAAAACAGUUAAAUCAGAAAUACUUUAUCACCAAGGCCAAAUCCUCGCAGGUGAUGAAUAUACUCAUAAAUUAAUCUAUAUACAUAUCAAUAUUGAAAAGAUGGAAGAAAAAAUUUUUGAUAAUAUUAAGGAGAUACAAGAACGAGUAAAAUAUUUUCGGUCAACUUCGAAGACUUUCGAAAGGAUAGAUAGUUAUGCUCAUCCAAAUAAUCUAUUUCAAGUUACUGUUUCUAGGAAGCAUAGUAUAAAGCAAGAUGGAUUGAGAGCGAUAAAGGAUAUCUUAGAUGAAAAUUAUUGCGUCAAAAUAUACUUUGUCUUACUGAGAGAAAUAUUUAAAACAUUUAAAAGAAAACAAUCUUAUGAAAAUAAGGGGAAGGAAAGGUAUUCGACCCUUGGGUUUUUAAUAUAA